AUGCCUUUAUCUUUAUUUUCACGUAUAAAUAGUCAUUCAUUGUUUUUAUUUAAGUUAUGAGUCAGAAUUUUAAAGUUUAAAAUGUCUACAGAUCAUGAUCAUCCUUAUGGGAAGCCAAUAACUGUCAUGAAGUUUUCUGACACUGGUGAAGUUGUAGUUGACAAUGAAGAAGUUGAUAAAAUCUUUAACCAUCCGGAAAUUGAAGAUCGAAAAAUUGUAAUUUUAUCAUUAAUUGGAGCUUUUCGAGGUGGGAAAAGUUUUCUUUUGAAUUAUUGCCUGAGAUUCUUAUAUGCAAAUUACUCAUCAAUUAAUGACCCAAAGAUAGCUGAUGGAGAAUUUUUGUUCGAAAAAGAUAAAAACUGGAUGGGAAUUUGCGAUGAAGCUUUAAAAGGAUUCUCAUGGCGUUCAGGAAUUAAACGAGACACAGUUGGGAUAAUAAUAUGGAGCGAUGUCUUUCUACACACUAUUGAUAAAACUGGAGAAAAAAUUGCAAUUUUUGUCAUGGAUACUCAAGGUCUUUUUGACAAACAUUCAUCGCCAACUGAUAAUUCAAGAAUCUUUGUGCUCAGCAAUUUAAUAUCAUCAAUUCAAGUGCUUAAUCUUGCUAAUAGAAUUCAGGAAGAUCAACUACAAUAUUUACAAUUUACUACAGAAUUUGCAGCAUUUGCGCUAGAAAAUACAAUUGAAAAUGUUGGAAAGCCAUUCCAAAAUCUAAUGUUCUUGAUUCGAGACUGGAAUAAUGGAGAUUAUUACAAUUAUGGCACAGUUGGUGGACGAUCUUACCUUGAAGAAGUGAUGAAAGUAAAAACAAACCAAAAACCAGAACUGCAGUCAGUCCGUAAAACAAUUGCAAGUUGUUUUGAUGAAAUCACUUGUUGCUUACUUCCAAAUCCUGGAAAAGGAGUGUCACGUGGUAAAAAUUAUAACGGCAGUUGGUCUGAAAUGGAUGAAGAUUUCAAAGAGGAACUUCAAAGUCUUGUUGAGUCUCUUUUACUUCCUGACAAUUUAAUUAAAAAGAAAAUCAACUCAAUGGAUUUAAAUGUAAAGGAAAUGAAGCAAUAUAUCCAACAUUAUUUAAAAUUAUUCCAAACUAAUCAGAUUCCGAAGGUAUCCAGCAUAUAUGAAUUGACAGUUGAGAGGUUUAUGAAUAAUAUGAUUGAUCAAUGUGUUGAGGACUACAAAUUGUCAAUUUAUCGCAAUGAGGACAUUAUAAAUGAAGAUAAUAUUGUUGAAAUCCACAAUAAAUGCAAGGAAAGGACAUUAACAAUGUACGAUGAUGAGAAGAAAAUGGGAAAUUUGGGACAUGCAAUCACGUUUAGAUCAAAAUUGGAAGAAGAUAUUGAGAAAUACUUUGUUGAAUAUAGAGAUCAAAAAGAAGAGAAUUUAGAGAAACUUAAAGAAGCUAGAGCCAAAUUUGAGGAAAUUGUAAAGAAAGACUCAAUAAGAAAGGAAGAAAUUCUUAAAAACAUAGAUAAAGUACAGAUUCAACUAAAGGAACUCUCUAAAAAACGAAAAGAAAAUCCAUUUUUAACCGAGGUAUAUGAUACCCAAGAAAAAGUCCUCAAAUCUCGUUUAGAGCACGAAGAAAAUGAACUUAAAAGUAUUGAGAGAAAAGAACAAAGAGAAAUGGUCUUUAGAAUAGUGAUAUUAGGUAUAGCAGGAAUUUCAAUUCCAUUCUCUGCAAUUUCUGCAGCUGGAGUCGUUGCAGCAGGAGCAUCACAGCUAACAGCUUUGACAGCUUUAGGAUUUUCACUUGAUACUUUCAAUAUUGUCUCAACUACAGCGUCCUGUAUCAAAGUGGUAAAGGACCUAUUUAAAAGAAGAAAGAAAUAGGAAUUAGACAAUAUAAAUUUAUCUUGUGCCUUUGUGGAAUGUACACGUUGCGUAGCUAUUUUAUCUUUAAGUCUAGUUCUGACUCACCUUUUCUAUAGUCAACUAAAGAUGCUAAUAUAACAAAACUAGAAUAUAAUUUACACCUUAUGUACUGUGAAUGAAUCACCAUAGCUUUUUGUAGUAAGCAAUAUUUUUAGAUAUUAACAGAUAUUAAUGAAAAUUAGUAGAUUCGUGACUAUAGUGACAUCACAUAAUGAAUUUCUGAAAGAAUUAUUUUUUAAUUUUGGCAAUCAUUAGAUUAAGUUUGUGUUAAUUGAUUCUAAUUCCACAAAGCGAUGUGGAUGUUGCUAUGAAAAAACCUUUAAUAUGAUGAAUAUGAUUUUUCAAGUUUUAAAGAUAAAAGCUGAUAAAAACUUGAAAAAUUCAUGAAUGAGCAAUAUAAUAAUUAUUUUGUUAUUUUAUUUGUCUGUUAAAUUAAUUUUAAUUAAUUAAAUUUCAUUAUUAUUGAUUGUUUUAAUUUAAAGUAUCAGAAGGUAGGCACUCAUGAUCAUUAAUUAACCUAAUUAAAAUUUCAUAUAAAUUUACAUGAUUAAUGUAUUUAAAUCAGAU